AUGUCAUCGACGGCUACUGCUCCCUCUCAAAGUUCCCUCACGGAGAUGCCAACAAGAGGCGAUCUGUCUCAAUUCAUCUCUGCUCAUGGUGAACGACGUCUCACGUUACAUGUCAAACAAUCUCAGCAGAAAGGGGUUCUGUGGGUAACCCCUAUGGAAAAGACAGACGAAGAUGGAAGAAUCCAACGGGCUUUUCAAUUCCAGGGAUCUGCAGGAGUGUUAUCGGUCAUGGGUGCGCUGCAAGGGAUUACCAUGGCGGCAAAGGAGCACAGGCAAGAAUGGAUCAACACUGUCCGUUCCUACAAUGAAUCUCAAGCCGAUCUCGAGUCUGCGUUGGAAGAGGCCGGUGUCGAUGAGAAACGCAGAGGCGCAUUGCUGGACAACAUUGGCUACAGCGUACUGUAUCCUAUGGAGGCCGGUAUUGGGCCAGUCAGAAAGCUCAUUUCCACUCGCUGUACUUCCGAAGCAGGGUCCAGAGCUAGCGAGUUUUUGUCGAAUCUACAAUCGCUCGUGGAUAAAGGCAGCGGUAUCUUGACACGUUCAAUGGUCAUGACAGAACGAACGGACCUUGGGGACAUCCUGGCCGGGGCAUCGGAGAUCACUAAAGCCAAGGCCAGUGUCCGGAAUCCCAAGGGGGAUCAAGCAAUAGUGGCUGGGUUGUACAGGACGAACGACGACCAGACCGAUCCUAGUACUGUGAAGAACUAUAGCCGGAUGCCCAGCAUGGGCUUCGUCCUCCAGCCGCGCAAAAAGGCUGCACCUCCCUCGAAAGCUGCUAAAUCUGCUCUGGGAUACUGGUCUUCCUCUCCCUCAGCAUGUAGGUCGUCCAAGGUGCCCUCUGACGCUCCAUACUACCCGUCAGCGCCAUCAAUCUCUGGAGGUAACGGCGGUGGUCUCGGAUAUAGUCCCUCGGCCCCUUCGCUCAACGCUGUCUCGGCAACCGGUCAGGAUACUCCUCUAGACUACUACCCUUCUGCGCCUUCGAUCCCUAGACUUUCGUCGCUCUCCAUGGCCGACUCCAGUAGUCCUGCUUUGACGGAAGUGUCAAUGGGGGAACAGGCCGGAGACGAGGUGUCGUCAGCAAGUGGACCGGUCAUCGAAGCCGGUUCAUGGCAUCCGGCUUGGAGGCCUGAGUGA